AUGAAGGGUGGCGACAAUUGCGCGGCUGCCAGCAGCACCGCAUAUCUCUCCGAGCGACAGCUGGAGCGCCUGAGCACGGUGCUUUCGGAGCGUGUCGACAUCCACGGCAGGGGCAAUUUCCCCACAAUCAACGUCCGUCUAUUGGAUCUGAUCGUUUGCGUGCGCGAGAAGUUACGCGAAUUCGGCGUGGGCCCGCGUCAGGUGAAGAUGAACGGCGGUGCCGCCUCGUAUGUGGUGGCUGCGGAAGAAUUCGCGUACUCGGAUCUCGAUCUCAUCUUCCCCAUUUCGUUCGCCCAAGAGGACACCUUUGAUCUGGUCCGAACUGCCGUUUUUAACGCCCUGGUCGAGUUGAUGCCCGAGGAGACGGAUAAGACGCGGAUAACGGCCGAUACCUUGAAAGAUAUCUACAUCCGGAAAAUGGUCAAGGUGGACGAAUCGGAUCGUUGGUCUCUCUUCUCCCUCCACAAUCAUUUCGGCCGAUGCAUCGAAUUGAAAUUUGUGGACAGAAUGAGGAGACAAUUCGAAUUCUCGGUGGACAGCUUCCAAAUUACCCUCGAUCCGCUGCUUGACGACUUCGAAUCGCCCGACAACAAGGUGGUAAUCGAAUCGGUGUUCGGCGACAUUCGAAUGGCCCUCGACCAUCUGCAUCAACGGCUGAUCGAUACGAGGAGACCGGAAGAGAUUCGAGGAGGGGGACUUCUCAAAUAUUGCCAUCUUCUCACAAGGGGAUACAAGGCAGCCAGGCCGACGAAAUGUCGACAACUUGAGAGAUACAUGUGCUCGCGCUUCUUCAUCGAUUUCCCGGAUAUCAACGCGCAAGAAGUGAAACUGAGGAAUUAUCUCGACAGCCACUUCAGCAAUACGCUCGACUCGUGGUCAACGAACUCGUGUGGCGAGGAUACGGAUUCUGAGGCUUCAACCAGCCAAGCCAGCAGCCAUCCCUCCCAUCUGUCCGUCCAACAGUCAAAAUACGACUUCCUGCUGCUGCUGUACCGGGUGAUCUCGGAGAGUACUGUAUGCCUGAUGAAUCACGAGAGAAGACAGACACUUCUCAUGGUCGACAGACUGGCAUAUCAAAUAUCGAUGAAUCUCUACAAUUCGAGGGCCAGCCACGAUUUGACGGGAGGACAGCAGAGACAGACGCUCCUCUACCUGCCGAAAGACUCGAGCCAAUGGGUGCCGGUGCCCGUGAUA